AGACAGGAGUAUAUAAAUCCCUGUGGUGACUCUGGAGACAUCACUGAAGGUGAAAGUCUGACCUGGCAGCCUUCCCCAGGCAAGAAGCAGCAAGCUACAAGAAUGCAGAGCUCCAGGCUCCGAGAGUCCCGUGCCCUUGGGAAGUUGGUGCAGACGAUGUUCAUCUUGUGUGUGUUGGUGACUUGCGUUUCUGCUCUCACCACUUCGCCAGUGGAACACGCAGAAAGGGUUUCUGGAAUCCCCACUACGCCAGAGAAACACACAGAGCUUGGAGACAACUGCCAAUUUCGUGGCAGAGAGUUCAAAUCUGAAUUCCGGCUGGAAGGUGAGCCUGUGGUUCUGCGGUGCCCUCUGACGUGGCUUUAUUCAGAUGCCUCCACCAGUUCCUACCCCUUUCUGACCUGGCAUAAGAUGAACUCGUCUCAGCUGAUCCCGGGAGAUGAGCCAAGGCUGUGGGUGAAGGAUGCCUCCCUCUGGGUUCUGCCAGCAGUGCAGCCAGACUCUGGGACCUACAUUUGCACAUUCAGAAACGCAUCUCAUUGUGAGGAGAUGUCCAUUGAGCUCAAGGUUUUCAAGGACACUGAAGCAUCCCUGCCAUUUGUCUCCUACUCGCAAAUCUCAACCGUUUCUACCACCGGCUUGCUAGUGUGCCCUGACCUGAAAGAAUUCAUUGGCAAAACCGGUGGAAAUGUCCAGUGGUAUAAGGGCUCUGUCCUCUUGGAUAGAGACAGUAAGAAAUUCCUCAGAGUGCGAGACCCUACACGCUUACUGAUCUCCAACACAUCCCUGGAAGAUGCCGGCUUUUACAGAUGUGUCGCCACAUUUAUCCACAAGGGCACGAAAUACAACAUCACUAGGAAUAUUAAGCUCCGUGUCGAAGAAAUGACCGCGGAAUCCAUCCCUGUGAUUAUCUCUCCCCUAGAGACAAUACCAGCAUCUCUGGGGUCAAGACUCGUAGUCCCGUGCAAGGUGUUUCUGGGAACUGAUACAUCUUCCAACACUAUUGUGUGGUGGCUGGCUAACAGCACUUUUAUCUCAGUGGCCUACCCGAGAGGCCGUGUGACCGAGGGCCUACUCCAGUAA